AUGAUAACCGAAAAGAAACGUCUCGACACUGCCGCUUUCCAAUCAUGGAUCACCAAGAACCAGCGCGAAGUCACAAAGAACUCGACAAAAGCUGCCCAGGACCUCGUACACCAGUCGGUGGCUUAUUUGGUCAAGGAGAGCGAAGACAAGAAGAUCAUUGGGACUCCCCGAGAAUACCAGACCGAGUUGUUUGAGCGGGCCAAGACGAAGAAUACCAUUGUGGUGCUGGACACUGGUUCUGGCAAAACACUCAUCGCCGCUCUUCUUCUGAGGCACACUUUGGAUCAAGAGUUGGAAGAUCGUGCCGUUGGAAAACACAAAAAGGUCUCUUUCUUCUUGGUUGACAAGGUUGCACUUUGCUUCCAGCAAUUUGCCGUCCUCAACUGCAACCUGGAGCACCCCAUGACCAAAUUCUUCGGCGAUAUGACGGGGCUCAUGAAGACCAAGGAGUUUUGGGAUAAGCAGUUUGACGAAAACAUGGUUGUCGUAUGCACUGCGCAAAUUCUUCUCGACUGUCUCUCCAACGGCUUUAUCAGGAUGAACCAGGUCAACUUGCUCAUCUUCGACGAAGCUCACCAUGCGAAAAAGAACCAUCCGUACGCUCGAAUCAUAAAGAACCACUACAUCCGCGAAGGACAAGAUCGACCCCGAGUCUUGGGCAUGACAGCAUCGCCCGUGGACUGUCAGACGAAAGAUGUCAAAGUGGCAGCUGCUGAACUGGAGAGUAUGCUGUGUAGCGAGAUUGCGACGCUGUCCGACGAAUGCCCUGGAGACUCCGUCACCGACCUGUGGAACCGCAUUUCCGAACAGAUAGCUCACAAUGCCCAAUUCCGGUCGCCGCUUGAGUUUACCAAGGAGGCAUCUUCCUCUCUCGGACGUUGGUGUGCUGACCGGUACUGGAAACUUCUCAUUACCGACACUGAAGCGGCUCGUCUUGCAGCCAGGACGGGCAGAGAUUUUGCGAACCACUUUGCAUCAACACAAGCUGAGAGAGCUGCGGAGGCGAUUCAGACGGUUCAGAAGGUGAUUGAUGACUAUGAGUUGGAAUCAAUUGAGCCGGGAUCAAGUAACCUAUCGUCCAAGGUCAAACGACUAUAUGAAAUCCUACGGGAAGCAUUCGUCGACUUCGGGACAAGGCGUUGCAUCGUGUUUGUCGAAAAGAGAUAUACAGCUUGCCUCCUCGCAGACCUGUUUUCACAACCGGACAUGCGAAUCGUCGGCAUGAACUGUUCUUUCAUGGUCGGCUGCCAGUCCACCACGUCGAACCUCGGCAACAUGUCCUUCCGCGACCAGGUUUUGACCCUCCAGCGAUUCAAACGAGGUGAAACCAACUGCUUAUUCGCCACGCCUGUCGCAGAAGAGGGCAUCGACGUUCCAGAAUGCGAUCUCGUCAUCCGUUUCGAUCUCUACAAUUCGGUAAUUCAAUACCUACAGUCCAAAGGACGAGCGCGACAGGACAACUCGAGGUAUAUCAGCAUGGUUGAAGACGGAAACAUGAAGCAACUGCGCAGCCUCUUCCAAGCCACUCGAGACGCGGCUACUCUUCGACGCUUUUGUUCCGCGCUUCCUGCCGAUCGAAAGCUACAGGACCUGACCAUUGAUGCUGCCGCAGCUGCGCAGUAUGAGCAGGGUGGUCAAAAGGUGUAUGAAGUGCCGUCCACAGGAGCACGUCUUACCUACCCCCAUAGCCUCGAGGUCCUGGCCAGGUUUGUGUCUUCCAUCUCUCCUGUAGACAUCAGCCUGAAGCCGGAGUUUAUCGUCACUACCUUUGGGUCAAAGUUCAUCGCCGACGUCAUCCUUCCCGACUCUUCGCCCAUCAAGUCCAUGCCUGGCUUUCCACAGAGGAGCAAGAUGCUAGCCAGAUGUUCCGCAGCAUUCGAGAUGUGUGUGGCGUUGAUCAAGAAGACAUACAUCAACGAGCACUUCCAGCCUGUCUUUACAAAGAAGCUGCCCGCUAUGCGAAACGCCCGGUUGGCUGUCAGCGCCAACAAGAAAGCCGACUACAAGAUGCUUCUCAAACCAAAUAUCUGGUCUGAAUUGGGUACAAACAUUUCACAGCUCUUUGUGACGGUAAUUGCCUUGGACACUCCGGCUGCCCUAGGUCGUCGCAGUCGGCCACUGCUUUUGCUUUCACGGCAAAAGAUGCCCCAACUUCCAGGCAUUCCGCUAUUCUUUGGCAAUGGACACUCAUCUCUGGCGCAACUGGUCAUGUAUGAAGAGCCUGUCCCGUUGACCAACGAGGACGUCGAGGGACUUGUCAAAUUUACGCUCAAAGUAUUUGAUGACGUUUUCAGCAAAGAGUACGACGCGGGAUCUGAAGAGAUUCCUUACUUCUUGGCUCCUUGCGUUGAGGACCACGAACAGGUUCUGAGGACCGGCCAAGCCCAGAUCGACUGGGCAGCAGUGAAGACGGUCAAAGAAAAUGAGAAGCUCGACUGGGAAAAUGCGCCUGAAGAGUUCUUCCACGACAAGUUGGUCACUGAUCCACACUCUGGCUCCCGAAAGAUGGUCAUCCAUGGCAUCAACAAAUCGCUACGGCCAUCCGACCCGACUCCAGAGAAUGUGCCCGAGCAAAAGUCUCGAGCCUACCGAUUCGUCGAGCCCACCAUCAAAGAGUACAGCAACAGUCUCUGGCUCAAAUCUCGCCAGAGGGUUCAGUGGCGAGAAGACCAGCCCGUUGUGAAUGCUGAGUUGCUGUCGCUUCGUCGCAACUUGUUGGACGAGUUCCAGGUCGAUGAGGAUAUUGACAAUAAAUGCUUCGUCAUCUUGGAGCCUCUCAACGUGUCACCACUGCCCAUUGAUGUCGUCUUCAUGGCCAUGACGUUCCCUGCCAUUAUCCACCGCAUAGACUCGGUUCUCAUCAGCCUCGACGCCUGCUCCCUGUUAGACCUGACCAUCAGUCCUAGCCUUGCCCUCGAGGCUCUUACAAAAGACAGCGAUAACACGGGCGACCACGACGAGGAACAGCUAAACUUUCAAGCGGGCAUGGGAAACAAUUACGAGCGUCUUGAAUUCCUCGGCGACUCGUUCCUCAAAAUGGCCACCACAAUCUCCCUAUUCACUCUCAUCCCCGACAGCAACGAAUUUGAGUACCACGUCGAGCGCAUGCUUCUGGUGUGCAAUCAGAACCUCUUCAACCACGCCGUCGACCGCAAGCUUCAAGAGUUUGUCCGCUCCAAGUCGCUUGACCGAAGGACGUGGUAUCCAGACCUGAAACUAAAGAAGGGCAAGGCGCCAAAAACGGAGCUGCGACACAACUUGGCUGACAAGUCCAUCGCCGACGUCUGCGAGGCCCUCAUCGGCGCUGCGUAUGUCACUACAGAGGGCAACUUUGAUAUGGCUGUCAAGGCGGUUACGCAGAUGGUGAGGAGCAAGAACCACAAGAUGCAGAGUUUUGGCGACUACUACAACGAGUUCAUAGUCCCGCCAUGGCAGUCAGGUGCCAGCACCGCUGCUCAACGUUUUGUCGUCCAGCAAGUCAGCCAAAACACUGGCUACACAUUCGCGUCUGCAGCGCUACUCCGGAGCGCCUUCAAGCACCCAUCGUAUCCGUACGAGCCCAUUCCCAACUACCAGCGCCUCGAGUUUCUGGGCGACGCCCUACUGGACAUGGCCAUUGUCGACUACCUCUUCAAACGCUAUCCCGCGGCAGACCCGCAGUGGCUGACGGAACACAAGAUAGCCAUGGCCUCGAACCAGUUCUUGGGCUGCGUCUGCGUCAAGCUCAAGCUCCAGAAGCACUUGCUCAUCACCACUUCCGCCCUCAUCAGCCAGAUCAGCGAGUACGUUGCCGAGCUCGAGCAGGCCGAAGAAGACGCCCAGAAGGAAGCCGAAAAUGAGGGCACCGCCGUGCGCUGCAACUUCUGGCUCAGCGCUUCGCAGCCCCCCAAGGCCCUUCCGGACAUUGUCGAGGCCCUCGUCGGCGCCAUGUUUGUCGACUCGCAGUACAACUACGCCGUCGUCGUCGACUUUUUUGCGCGCUUCGUCCAGCCGUACUUUGAGGACAUGGCACUGUACGACACCUUUGCAAAGAAGCACCCCGUCACGUUUCUGGCUCGCAAGAUGCAGUCGGAGCUGUUCUGCACACAGUGGCGCAUCUGUACGUCCAACGUCCCCUGCGCAAUCGACGAGGGUGUGAGCGCCAUGACAGAAAGCGACGUCGUCUGCGCGCUCAUGAUCCACGGCGAGGUCUUUGCCCACGCAACGGCCAAGAGCGGCCGGUACGCCAAAAUUGCCGUCGCGAAGCGGGCUCUCGAGAAGAUUAAGGAACUGGGCGACGAGGCCAAGGCGACCAUUGGAUGUGACUGUGCAGCCCCGGCUGAGACGGGUGAAGACGCCUCGAUCCAGCAAUAUGGGACCGCAAUCUGA